GUUUUAUGCUUAUAAAAUACUUUCUUGGUCAUAUUUUAAGUACAAAGUCAUUGGGACAUGUCUCAAUAUUUAAAAAAGCCAAAAAUUAAAAUGUGUUUCUUCACUCUGUCAAAAAAAAACUAAAAAAAGUUAUAUUUCCAGUUGGACCUUUGGACCAUUCCCUGUGAUCUGGCAGUGUUUGAGCUUCUGACUCACACAUGUAUGCGCACACGCAAUCUUCUCAGGCAUGUAUGAAGAGUGCUGUAAAAUAUCUGGGUCAGAGACAAAGGAUACCCAUCCCCUAUGGUUCAACAGAGAGGAGGAAAAGAGAAGAAGAGUGAGGGAGAGAGAGAGGGGGACACGGGGAUAAACAAACAAUACGCCUUUAGAAAACAUGGACCCUCUCCACGUGAGCCAAUAUUCCCCAGUGAGAAACGAGGCCAAAUCCAGAGAGAGAGAGAGAGAGAGACUGUCACACACUGUCGGACAGAGAGGAAUAAGAGUUCUUCCUGUUGUUUGGUUCUGCCCAUUUUGUGCAUAUCACCAUGGUGAAACAGAGCUCCAAACUCAAGUGGUUGCUUCUGAUCUACUUCUUGCUGUCUGACAUGGUUCAUGCCAGAGCUCCACCCCCUCCUAGCAUCAAGAACAGCCUUGGGCCAAUCAUUUCCACUGCCAGCUUUUCUCCAUUCUCUUCACGUUUGCCACAGAUGGCCAUGAACCAAGAAACAGGGCUGAAACAGCAAGGGAGGGCCAGAACUGAUGAUAAAGUGAGUGCAGAGGAUGAACCAAGGUUAGACUCUGCCCAAAGACUUAUCUCCACCCUUGCAGCUUCUCUACAUGGUCAGGCCCCUUUCCAUGGAAAUGUGAGCUGUGCAGAGCUGGCUGCUGGCCCGUGGAGCGGUGAAGGCUUUUCACAGGAGCUGCUGGGCCUUGUGAUGGUGCCUGUUCUGUUGUCUGCGGGAUGUCCACAAGAAGCUGAGUCACUAGUCAAGAACCUCUAUAUACUACUUGGACCAGAAGAUACACAAGAGCUCCUAGAGAAUAUUGUGGCUCUGAUAAAGCAGAGCAAAAAUACUUCUCCCCACACUUUCUCCGCCACUCCUCCUAGGCUGAAUGGUUCCUCACAGCACCAACUACAGGCAGUGAUGUUUAACAUCCAACAGCUAGCAGAGGCAGGGGAGAAUAUGGAUGGGCCUUCUGGUAAAGCCAGUCCCGGGCAAAAUAAACAAUGUAAGGGCUGGCUGAAGGUAAAGGGCACUCAGUUAUUGGGAAAAACAGUUGAUAAUGGUGGGCAUCUCCACCUAAGUGAAGCCAAGCAGGUCUGUGAAAGCCUAGGAAUCAACUGUGCAGGUGUAACCAAAGAAAUCGACUCCAACACCAAGCUGUACCGUGUCAUCUUCAGGCCUGGCAGCCGGGUAGUGCUGCUGGCUUCCGCUAACCAGUCAGAGAGCUGGAUUCAGAGGUGCAGGGAGGGGACUGUGCGCAGGCGCAGACAUGCAGUUCUUCAGCAAACUUGUAAAAAUGAGAAAGAGGAGCGUGUGUAUAAUGUAGUGGAGUGGAUCCCAGGAGUGUCAACACUUUAUAACCUUGGCACAGCUGUUUACUAUGCAUCCGUUAAUUGCUCCAACACAGCAAAAGAGAGAGCCAUACUUAGCGCCGUGGAUCUGGGCACUGAUGCCCUUAUCGCUGUUACUGGGGGUACUGCAGGUGUGGCUGGAUAUGCUUUGGGGGCAGGCCUGAAGACUGGUGUCAAGGCAGGAAUUAAAUACUUGCUAAACAGCAUGAAUCCAGAAGGAGAUCUGCUAGUGAACCAGGAUGCCUGGGAGGAUGGAAUGAUCACCAUUCAAUAAGAAUAUAGAAAUGAAGAGCUGACGAUGGAAACUUAUGACUAAUAGCAGGAUGUAAAUGAAACAUAUUUGCUGUCUCCACAUGCCUGCUGUUGUGCAAGUUAAAGGAUUUUGCACUGAUCACACAGUUAGUCACAUGGCUUGAUGGGGUGCAAUCUGAUCAUUUGAUAUGAAUUUUACAUUUGUUCAGUUCAGUUCACAAAAAAAAUCGACACAAUCUGGUUGGAGUUUUAAAGUAGUUAAAACAGCUAAAAGAAGAAAGACAAAGAAAAGAGCGAGGAUAAAAAUGAGCUAAAGCCCUAAAGGCUGGACAGCAGUCACAACCCAAAUGAAACAGGACAACAAGAACAACACAAAAAACAAACAAACAAACAAAAACAAGUGUUACUGCAUCAGUUGUGUGUAGUGUCUGUUAUGAUGUUCAUUUUUGUGGCAUUUCUUGCCAAUAAUCUCAAUAACCUUGAACCCAAAGCUGCUUAACUCUAUGUCCCUCUUAAUAAUUUUGUAUCUCCCUAGUGUGUUUAAAGUUGUUACACCCGACUACUAGCAUAUGUCUGUGCUACCUCUCAUAGGAAUAUAUAGCAAGUAGUAGCUGGAAUGUAUAAAAAAUAUAUGUAUCUUCCACAAAAACAGACAUAGAUGAGUAUUUAAACAGAGCAUUACGUCCAAAAAUGUUUGCCGUCUUUAACUAUCUACAAAGAAAAGGAUAAAUCAGGCAUUCACUGACAAUUGGUCAGAAACUCACUGAUCAACAGUGUUUUCAGUUGCAUAAAAGAUAAAUAAAGUAGCCUAAAAUGUGGCUUAAAUGUAAUGAAUGCAAUGUCCUAAGUAUAUGUGCAAGAUAUACAUUACAUUAACUAAUCUUACAGUAGUAAGCUAUGUGUAUAGGCUUAUUUAGUGGGGGUUGUUUUUCCUUGUAAAUGUUCAAUAUUUACAAUAAAUAACUUCUACAUUUUCUGUG